CGCUCAACUCUUUCCCCCUCCGGUCCGCCCCGGGACUUCUGGCAGGAGUCUACGCAAGUCCGACCACGUCUUUUUUCGUCUUCCCCCUCCAAGAUGGAGGCACUAGGAGGUUAUCCCACCAAGUCCUCCAACCCCAAAGCAAAAAAGUUAAGGGUGCUGCUGAGCAUGACAGUCUGUGUGGGGUGUUUGUUCCUCCUGCAGACCCAGCUGCUGAAACCCAGAAAACCGAAGGAUUUUUAUUCUUUUGAGGUGAAAGACGCGAAGGGGAGGACGGUUUCCCUGGAGAAGUAUCGAGGCAAAGCAUCGUUAGUUGUAAACGUGGCGAGUCACUGCGAGCAAACGGAGGCGAACUACAGGUCUCUGCAGGAGCUCCACAGGGAGCUGGGGACGUCUCACUUCAACGUCCUGGCCUUCCCGUGCGGACAGUUCGGGGACACUGAGCUCGGGUUUAGCAGAGACAUCGAGGCGUUCGCCAAGUCCACCUACGACGUCACAUUCCCCUUCUUUAGCAAGAUCAAAAUAAUGGGCACAGAGGCUGAACCUGCCUUCAAGUUCCUCACAGAUUCGGUACAGAAAACCCCAAAGUGGAACUUCUGGAAGUUCCUGGUGAACCCAGAGGGGAAGGUGGUGCGUUUCUGGCGAACAGACGAGUCCAUGGAAAGCGUCCGACAGGAGGCCACGGCGCUGGUGCGAGAAAUCAUCCUAAAGAAACGAGUGGAGCUAUGAUGGUGCUUACUGACAGAUUCUGGACAUAUUGCCGCGUUAUGCCUGUGUUUCCUGAGCCUUGACUGAGCCAGGAGUGACUGAACUGUUACCAGCGAGUGUUGUUGGAAGAUGUGUUGCUCUGGAAACUCUGAGCCACAGAGGCAGUAGUUGUCAUGAUGAGUGUGUAUUGUCUGUGUGUGCGUGGACCAUCCUGUGGUUAAUGGUGACAGAUUUGAUGAACAUUCCUUACAAUGACCACCUUUGAAGUGUUACCUUUUUAUUACAAAUGUUCAGUUUGCUUUGUUUUGUAUUGCUGCCAUAUGUCUCUCAAGUUUACAUUAAAAUCUUUUCAUUGAGAUGAAGCGUA